CUUCAACUCAAUAUUCGAUCCACUCGUCUAAAUUUGGAUCAGCUCCUGCGGUCUUAAUAGAGGCUGGUGACCUGCCUACUGUGGUCUCGGACAUUAAGACGAAUGUGAACUUUAGGGCCCCAAAUGUCGCACUCUCGCCCCCAUCGGGGGAACGGGGCUGGCCCUCACCGAGGAAUCCCGUUGGACCAGUGCCGCUGGAUUGACUCGUCGGCAAAUGCAUCAAACAGAGUUAGAGGAGCACCAGAAGUGCCCUAUCGCCGUGGUGCGGGUCCGGGAUUUCGGCCAUGGAGGGGAAGGGGAGGACCUGCUAGACAAUAUGGGACACGGAGAUUCCGCCUCCCGGUCCCAGUUAUUCCAACUCGGCCACGACCGCCAACUCCUGAAAUUGACCCGGAAAACGGACGUGUGGAUGUGAAUGAUUUUGACCUCUCCAUCAUCACGUCCCCGGAACCCGGUGACGCGAAGUCCAUUACCGAUUUUCCACAAGGCACCUCACGAUCCUCAACACUCGGGAUCGGGUUGUCCAGUGGCUUAACCUCAAAAGACCCUGCAUGGCCCAGGAUUCAGGUCGACGGGAUGGUCCCCAGAGCUAAAAUGCGCAAAGCUGACAUAUUAAAGACUCCCUCUGAAGCAAGUCGGAUUGGCGACGCUCGAACUUCGUCUCCGAUGGACCAUCACCGCUUCACACCCCCGCAGUCUUCUGUUUGUGUUGCCUCCCCACGAUCUGUGAUCUCUUCAGAGAAGGCGCCUGCUUCCUCACAUCCGUACAACGUGGGCAACUCAGACCAAAGAUUGUUGUGAACAAUGAACGGCUACAGCGCAAAACAUGGUCUUCACCACCAGUCAAACUUGAAAGUGGCGAUGUUUGUCUUCCUUCAUUGAAGCGAAGAAGAGACCCGGACAGCGUGGUCCAACCCGAGGAUCGCGGGCCUACUGGGAAAAGGGAAUAUAACAAUAGCAAUAUUCUCCCCAAUCAUCCAUUGAAGCAAAGGAGCGACGAUGUUGUGCCGCCCGAGGACCGUGAGGUUAUCGUGAAAACGGAGUCGAAUGAUGAAGUUGAUACUCCGCUGCCACCUUUCGACGACCGCCAGGAUGGUGUCCUU